AUGCCGGAAGCGCCCAGAGGUAAUGCGCGGGAGGAGGAGACCUCGGCCCUCCAGCCCAUGCUAAAGGGAUUUGUGAUGCUAGUGGUCUCCCAAUUUGUGGUGUCGAAAGCUAUGAGUUACUGGAAUGCGCCAAAUGCUGCUGCUCCGGGUGCAGCGGCUGUCAAGAACUCGUUCCCAAAGUUUUCAGAGAGACCAGACCAAGAUACAAUUACAAACAGGACCUAUUUUCCCGUCAAGGCGGUACCGAUGUGGGAGCCAGAUAGCAAGCUAGAUAUUGCGAUACAUGUUACUCCGUCGACUACUUUCCCGCUUCCAAGGGAUAGCAAGGUACUAGACGAGAAGGAGUUUAAUACUGCAGACUCGAAGGAAGUCAGAGAGAUUAGUACCAGUCUGUUCAUACCAAAGGCAGUGCAAAAUAACGAGACCCUCUGGGCUCACUUCUUCGUUGCGCUUUCGGGGCAUCCACAGUACUCAACGGAGGAGGGCUAUAGCUCUGACACAGCCUAUAACUUCUCCCAUCCUGUUAAUCAGUAUUUACCAAAGAAGAAAGCUAAAAAACUCCGGAACCUACUUGAUGCAGCUAAUGAGACUGAGAUUGCGGAAGAUGAGCCAAAGACAGUCAAGAUUAGCUCCUUCUACCACCCAAACCUCACUGUAUCAUUCGUUCCUGACCAAGGAGCAAUAGGUUUUCAAGCUACUCAUCCCUCUAUUCGCCGAUUCCUUCAGCUAGAACGGACCGGCGCCAGGGAUAGCUCCGGCGAGCUCAGAAGCCAUAUGACGGAGCUUAACUCCACUGUUAGCGAAGUUCCACUGCGCAUUACUCUGAACACGGUAAAACAGUGGCAGUUCGCCAUAAUGUCCAGCAUUGAGGAUGACUCCAAGCAAAAGCAGCACCAGGCCGCUUUUGGAGGGCCAAUUCCUCCUACCUCAGGUGAUGGGAGUGAAGUCGAAAUGAUUAAAGAAGUGCUUUUGGAUACCAACAUAUACCUUCUUAUUACUACCGGUGUUGUUGGUGUUUUGCAUAGCAUUUUCGAAUUUCUCGCAUUCAAGAACGAUAUCUCUCACUGGAGAAAGAAGAAAGAUGUCGUCGGAACCUCUGUCCGCACUAUCAUUGCAAAUGUGUUCAUGCAACUGAUCAUCUUCUUGUAUUUGCUUGAUAAUAACGAGAACACAUCUUGGAUGAUUCUCGCCGGUCAAGGCUUUGGUAUUGUUGUCGAAGCCUGGAAGAUCACAAAAUCGGCCAAUGUCCGCAUUCGCCCUCCACCAGUGGGGUCAUAUCUGUCGUUUCUCCCAUACAUCAUUGUCCUUGAGGAUAAGCACAAGCUUAGUGAGACCGAGAAAAAAACCCAAGAGUACGAUGAAAUUGCGUUCAAAUGGCUGUAUAUCGCAGCCGUUCCUCUAUUAAUCGGGUACGCCAUAUACAGUCUUAUGUAUGAGAACCAUAAGUCAUGGUACUCAUAUGUUAUCGAAACGCUAGUCGGCAGCGUUUACGCAUAUGGGUUCCUCAUGAUGGUUCCUAGUCUGUAUAUCAACUAUCGACUCAAGUCCGUUGCACAUAUGCCCGGAAAGGCUCUUACUUACAAGUUCCUGAACACGUUCAUCGAUGAUCUGUUUGCGUUUACCAUUAAGAUGCCAACUCUACACCGACUUGCAACUCUUAGGGAUGACGUGAUCUUCUUCAUCUGGCUUUAUCAAAGCUGGAAGUAUAAGGUUGAUUACACUCGUGUCAACGAAUUCGGCCAAGGAGGAGAUGAUGAUGAGGAGGAGAAGGAGAAAGAGAAGACCAACCAGGAGAGCGAGGAGAAUACCUCCGGUGGCGAUUCGAAGGCUGAAGAACCCUCUAUUCCCGCGGCCAAAAUGGGUGAGGCUUCUUCCUCUGCAAAGGCGUCAUCAAAGGGUUCGAUGCGGAAGAGAAAGUAA